GGUAAACCGAGCCCAGCGUGGGAUUCCUUCAGUGACCCCAGGGUUGGGCUGCUUCUCUCUGGCUGAGCAGUUCUUCCAGAGGGAACAGAGACGGGGAGGGGGUGGGCCCGCGGCGUCCCCUCCUGUGGCCCCAGGAUGCUGGACUCCUCAGUGGCAGAUCGGUUGACCCGGCUGACCCUGAAACUCCUGGAGAAGAAGCUGAAGCAGGAGCGCGAGGAUGUGGAAGCGGGUUCUGAGGACCCCCACCUCACGCCCGGAAAUGAGGAUGGGCCAGAGGCCUCCCUGCGGAGCGCUCUGCGGAUGAGGAAGGACCUUCUGCAGAGACUCUGGGAACAGCACCUCCUGGAAGAGGUCUCCAGGGCCCGCGCCUGGAGGGGGCUGGACGGAGGAGCCCGUGGGUCAGUGCUGCCCCCAGAGGUGCCCCCCGUGGGCGUCCACCCCGCUGUCUCCCCGGCCCCACCCACCCUGGACCCACCGCAGAUCACCCAACACCCGGCACCCCCACCUCCCACCACCAUCAUCCAGCAGCUGCCUCAGCAGCCACUCAUCGCACAGAUUCCCCUUCCCCAGGCCUUCCCCACUCAGCAGUCAGGAAGCAUCAAGGAAGGGCUCAAAAGGACACGUCUGCGAACACGGCCUGGGACCCGCAGGCCCACAGGACUCCACGCCUGCUCGCAGAGCUCUGCGUCUGCUCCACCUGAGUUCCGUGCCGGGAGCGGCCGGGUCAUCGGCGGCCGUCCGUGCGUGACCGAGCCCUCCGUGCCCUCCCUCAGACGUGGCGGAGAUGAUGCUGAUGCAGAACGCACAGAUGCACCAGAUCCUCAUGCAGAACCUGAUGCUCAGAGCCCUGCCCCCGUCAGCGCUCGCGCCCGCCCCCCCGCGCCGCCCCCCGCAGGACCCGCAGGGGGCUCGCCCCGCCGUCCUGCGAGCCAAGAGGCAGAAGCCGCCCUCCGUGCACCACCAUUACCACUACACGCCCCCAGCCCCGCUGCAGGCCAGCCCCACUCCUGGCUCCCCGGCGGGUUACUCCACGUGGCCCCCGGUGGUCUCCGCCACUGCCCUCCCUCCUGCUGCCAGCUUCCUGCCCACCGUGUGGCACGUGGCCGGUCCCUCAGUGGCCGCCCUUAGCACGGCGGUGUCCGACGGCGUCCUGCCCACACAGGCUCCAGGCCUGUGACCCCACGGCGGGCUCGGGUAAGCGGCAGGCCCUCGUGCUCCCCCAGGGGGAUGAGGGUCACGAGGAGACACGGGGGUUCAUCAGGAGACAUGGCUCAGGAGCCAGGAGAGAAAAGGUCGACUGAUGUAGCCACACAGAGCUUAAACCUUCCUGGGGGAAAACGCCAUGAGCAGAGUGACACUCGUGGUGCCCGGUGGCCCAGGGGAGAGGCUCCGGCUCCUCGCAGGAAAGGAGCAGCCGCAGGACAUGUGCCUGGUGUGUGUGUGAGGGCAGAGCUGCAGGCUGGCUCACUCACGUAGCUUCUCCUCCUGAAGCAAAGCACCGCAGGCCGGGCCGAGGCAGGGCCGUCUCCCAUCUGCCUCUGUCUGGAUUCUCCCCACGGGACGAGUUACUUUACUCCACUCUCUGCUCCGCUUUUAUUUUUUUCUGGUGGAAUUAUGCUUCCUCGAUGCUUUAAUAUAAUUUUCUCGCAAAUGCCA